CCUAAAAAAAGUCUUCAACACUUUUUCUUUAUUGCUCUUAACGUGCCCAAAAUUUCAAACCAUAGUACUACUUUUUUUUUUCGUUCUCAUCAAGUCUCAAAAGCUAAGCAAAUGACAAAUAUAACAAUGGAGAACGAAACAAAACAAGGCGAUAUAAUUUUUCGAUCGAAACUCCCUGAUAUUUACAUCCCUAAUCAUCUUCCGUUACACUCAUAUUGUUUCGAAAACAUUUCGGAAUUUAAAUCGCGUCCGUGUUUAAUCGACGGGGCGAAUAAUCAAAUUUAUACGUACGCUGAUGUUGAGCUCAAUUCGAGAAAAGUUGCAGCUGGUCUUCAUAAGCAAUUUGGGAUCCAACAAAAGGAUACUAUUAUGAUCUUAUUGCCAAAUUCGCCAGAAUUUGUGUACGCCUUCCUUGGUGCGUCGUACCUCGGCGCAAUUUCGACGAUGGCUAAUCCUUUGUUUACGUCUGCUGAAGUUGUGAAGCAAGCCAAGGCUUCUAAUGCUAAGAUCAUUGUCACGCAAGCAUGCCAUGUGAACAAGGUGAAGGAUUAUGCGUUGGAGAAUGAUGUGAAGAUUGUGUGUAUUGACUCUGCACCGGAGGGUUGUGUUCACUUCUGCGAGUUGAUUCAGGCUGAUGAGCAUGAUAUCCCUGAGGUGGAAAUCCAACCCGACGAUGUGGUGGCGUUGCCUUAUUCCUCAGGAACAACCGGUCUACCUAAAGGUGUCAUGUUGACACACAAGGGACUAGUCACAAGUGUGGCACAACAAGUUGAUGGUGAAAAUCCAAACUUGUACAUCCAUAGUGAGGAUGUGUUGCUUUGUGUGUUGCCCUUGUUUCAUAUAUAUUCCCUCAAUUCCAUUUUGCUAUGUGGAUUAAGAGUUGGAGCAGCAAUUUUGAUUAUGCAAAAAUUUGAUAUUGUUCCAUUCUUGGAAUUAAUACAAAAUUACAAGGUGACAAUAGGGCCAUUUGUGCCACCUAUUGUUUUGGCCAUUGCUAAGAGUCCUAUGGUUGAUAAUUAUGAUUUAUCAUCAGUAAGAACCGUUAUGUCUGGGGCUGCACCAUUAGGAAAAGAACUUGAAGACACUGUUCGAGCCAAAAUUCCUAAUGCUAAACUUGGUCAAGGCUAUGGUAUGACAGAAGCCGGACCAGUGUUGGCUAUGUGCUUGGCAUUUGCUAAAGAACCCUUCGAAAUUAAAUCUGGAGCAUGUGGGACUGUUGUUAGAAAUGCUGAGAUGAAAAUUGUGGAUCCUGAUACUGGCAAAUCUCUUCCUAGGAACCAAUCCGGAGAGAUUUGUAUAAGAGGGGACCAAAUCAUGAAAGGUUACCUAAAUGAUCCGGAUGCCACUACGGGAACAAUAGACAAAGAAGGGUGGUUACAUACAGGCGACAUUGGUUAUAUUGACAACGAUGACGAGCUUUUCAUCGUGGAUCGUUUAAAGGAAUUGAUAAAAUACAAAGGAUUUCAAGUGGCUCCUGCUGAACUUGAAGCCCUUCUCCUCAAUCAUCCCAAUAUUUCGGAUGCUGCUGUCGUUCCAAUGAAAGACGAGCAAGCAGGAGAAGUUCCAGUGGCUUUUGUUGUUAGAUCAAAUGGCUCCACAAUUACUGAAGAUGAAGUCAAAGAAUUCAUAACAAAGCAGGUGAUAUUUUACAAGAGGAUAAAGAGGGUAUUUUUUGUGGAUGCUGUUCCUAAAUCUCCAUCGGGCAAAAUCCUUAGAAAGGACUUGAGAGCUAAAUUAGCUGCUGGAUUUCCAAAUUAAAUACUACUUUAUACUUUAAUGGCGAUCGACAAUAACUAUAACCAGUUCUUUUUUUCAUUAUUAAAAGUUACGUAUUUUGUUCUUUGAAUUGUAUUUGUACGUUCAACCACCUGCCUCUAUACGGUUAAAAUUAAUUAACCAAUUUGGCAAAAGGAGGAAAAUGUAUGUAAAUUUGAGUGUAAGGGACUUUAAUUUUUUU